CAACUUUGUUCAAAUGAAUGACCAGUCGCCUCAGUGUAACACAAGAUUAUAUUGCGCAAAGGAGGCUUUCUGACCCGCGCCGAGCCUCAGCCUACACCGCGCGUUAACUGGGCAAAUUCUGUUUAAUAGGCCAUAGCGGAGUGACCAUGAGGCUACGACGGGCUGGCUUCUUCCUGCAGGCUUACCUGACGCUGGCGGCCGCCAUGUAUUUCGAUCUGGGCGAGCAGGAGGAACGAUGCGUCAUUCAGGAGAUUCCCGAGGACAUGCUGGUGACGGGAUAUUUCCUGUUGCAGCCGUGGGACUUGAAGUCGUCCACCCGCUCGCCUCAACUCGGCGUCACUGUGACGGUCAGAGAUCCCAACCAUGAGGUUUUGAUGAGCAAACGCUAUGGCAUCUUCGCUAAAUUCACCUUCACAGCGCAUGCGUCCGGUCAGCACUUCCUCUGCUUCCAAACCAACUCCACCAGAUUCUCCGUCUUUGCUGGAGAGCGUCUGAAGUUGCAUUUGGAUGUUCAGAUAGGAGAGCACGUCAUGAAUCCCAAAGCCGACGGCGCCAAAGACAACCUAAAGACGCUGGAAUACAGCCUGCAACAUCUCAUUGACCAGAUGGUCUACAUUACCAAGCAGCAGGAUUACCAGAGAGAAAAGGAAGAGACCUUCCGUCAGAUCAGCGAAGACACAAACAGUACCGUGCUGUGGUGGGCUGUGGUGCAGACCUUCCUGCUGCUCUCGGUGGGUUUCUGGCAGAUGAAGCGGCUCAAGGAUUUCUUUAUCGCCAAGAAGCUCGUCUGAUCGGCGCUAGACGAUGAUGGGAAAAUAACAUAUUGUCAUUUACUUGUACAUUACUGCUAUGAUGAUUACUUCUAGCUUUAUAUCUAAGAACAGGGCUUUCCAAACUGUUUUAGUAGAAGCUUGUUUCUUCCCCAGGACCUUAAAAUUCUCAGAGUAAUAUUUUUAUAACAUUGACAUACACUGUACAUAAAAGAAUGAUACCAAAAGGCAGAAAUGAAAUUACCCAUUUUAGAUGCUGACCCUCAGUUUGUGAAAACCUGCCUUAGAAUAAUAAAUAGUCAUGAAGUUAUUAACGUGUACUGUAUAUGGCUAUGAAGGAGACAUUAUAGAUUUAGAUUAUAGAUAGACAAGAAUUAUAGACAGAUUUUUUACAUAUUUCUCGCCCUAGUAUUUAUUUUAUUUUAAUGUUUUUUGUUGGUUCCUGUCUUGCCAGGCCUUGUUUUAAAAAAGAGGUUUUUAA